GCCGGGUGUUGCCGACCAUCACUACGCAUACCAUAUAUGGCAGCACACUAUGACUUCAUCACACGGUCGGCCAUUUGGGCCCUUGGCAGCGCCAUCGCCAACGGGGACAAUGGCCUGAAAUGAUCAAUGAGGAGCAUCCGCGUUCCUCCACACCGCUCUGCUGAGUCUGAGCGAGUUAGCACUCACGGCCAUGACAGACUUCAUUCGUCGUCUUGUCUCGCUUGACAAGGCCCGGUACAAGGAUGAUGAGCUGGACAUUGACCUUGAUCUUGUAUACAUCACUGAGCAAGUGAUCGUCAUGGGAUAUCCUGCUUCAGGGUUGGAAGCGCUGUAUCGCAACCGGCGGGAGGAUGCCAAACGUUUCUUGGAGCAUCGUCACGGCAAGAACUUUUGGGUAUUCAACUUCUGCCCUGUCGCCGAGAACUGCUACCCUGCCAGCAUUUUCGACGGCAGGGUCAGUCGAUACCCCUUUCCUGACCACCACGCGCCACCAUUAGCCAUCCUUCCAUUAGUCGCUCGCGAGAUGCGUGCGUGGCUAGAGCCUUCUAAGGGGCGGGUCGCCGUCCUGCAUUGCAAAGCGGGCAAGGGUCGAUCAGGUACGAUGGCCUGUACGUACCUCCUCACCUCAGACGAGGCUCCUAGCCCCAGUGCUAUGAGGCGCAGUCAAACAGCGAAGGACGAAGCCACCUCGCGUGCACAGCAGAUGAUGAACUCAAUGCCUUCAGACGAAGUCUCCCCAGAAGAGCCGCCCCAGACGGAGCCUGGGACGCCCCUGCCUCUGGACAUCCAGGGGAACACCGAGGACGACAGCUCUGGCGUCGCUCAGCAGGCCGCCGGAGCCGAUCACGCAGACAACCUCGCGCGCGUCCUCGAGCUGCACACGUCCAAGCGGAUGAAGCGGCCCACAACACCCGCCCAAAAGUCGAAGCAGGGCGUCAGCAUCCCCAGCCAGCGCAGGUGGCUCUCCUACUGGUCGCUCCUCAUCGCGCACCAGGCGCCGCCAGGCUUCUGGUCCACGGAGCCCGGCGCCCUGCGCCGCGCCGCGCCGAAGGUCCGCCUCACCGACGUCACGGUGCGCAUGCGCGAGCUGUCGGGCGUGAAGGUGAACCUCAUGCGCGCCGCGAACGCGCUGCUCGAGCGGACGAGCUACGCGAAGGCGCCCUCCGGCGAGAUCGCGCCCGCGUCGCGGGCGGGCGGGCGCGUGUGGGUGUCGCUCGCGCGGUACGACGACGGGCUGGUCGACACGCUCGAGCGGUGGGAGCGGCGGACGCGCGACGACGGCGGGAACAUGGGCCGCCGCAAGCCCGGGAGCGAGCGCGUGGGCGACGACGCGCUCGAGGACGUCUUCAAGGACGACAGAUGGGAUAAGGGUAAGAUGGUCAGGCCGUUCGCGCGCCUGGGCGUGCUGCGGGAGGAGGACUACCGCAAGGAGGACACUGAGACGGACGGAAAGGUCAUGACGCGGGUCCUCAGGCCGUUGACAGAUGACAACUGGGGCAAGCUCAGGGAAAAGAUAAGGCAGUAUGAGGAGAGGGAGGUGCAAGACAACGACGAGAAGCCGCUGCCUGAUAGCGCGAAGGACGAGCGCGUCGAGUCGGAGGGCGCGUCCAUCAACGACGUCACGCAGACUCUCAAGGACAAUCAAGGUGUCGUGCUAAGUGCUGAUCGGGAGGUGCGCGUCAAGCUCUACAUGGGCCAGGUCUUCCUGGGCUGGUUCUGGUUCAUUCCCACCUUCCACAUGCCCCAUCCCCGCACCCCGGCCGGACAGAGCACCAAGCUAGUGCUGACGCGCAAGGAGCUCGACUUCCCCAUUGGCAUUGGUGCCAACAUCAUCGACGUGACAGUCUCGAUGGAUUGGGUACCUGAGAAGGCGGACGUGCUCGAUCCGCCGUCACGCGAAGGCAGUCUGGCGUCGCGCCAGGGGCGCGGGGAGCCGGCCGUUCUGGCCUCGUCGCUGCAAGCCGUGAACGACCCCAUUGCGGGCGUUGUGGAUACGAAGCAAGCGGCGGAAGACUAGAUUAUACCCUGGUGGGGAUAGGAAACACACGUACAGCCGCGAUUCCUUUGCACCGUUGAGAUGGCG